GGGUGCCCAAUGCGCCUGCGCGAUUGUGGUUCGGUUGCCAAACUCCGAGCUAGGACGCUUGCGCAUUGGGCCGCCCACGUCGUGUAGUCUCCCUUGGGAAAGGAAGGUCGGGCGAGUCCACUGGAAGGAAGCCCCCGCUGUGCGCGGAGCCCCCUGCUGGGCGGAGGGGGAGUGUCAGCUCUCGGGAAGUAAUCCCCUGCGGACCGCGCAGGGAGGAGGUCCGAGUAAAGAUCAAAGACCUGAAUGAGCAUAUCGUCUGCUGCCUGUGCGCUGGCUACUUCGUGGAUGCUACUACCAUUACAGAGUGUCUUCAUACUUUCUGCAAGAGUUGUAUUGUGAAGUACCUCCAAACCAGUAAGUACUGCCCCAUGUGCAACAUUAAGAUCCAUGAGACACAGCCACUGCUCAACCUCAAACUGGACCGGGUCAUGCAGGACAUCGUGUACAAGCUAGUGCCUGGCUUACAAGACAGUGAAGAGAAACGGAUUCGAGAAUUCUACCAGUCCCGAGGCUUGGACCGGGUCACCCAACCCAGUGGGGAAGAGCCAGCCCUGAGCAACCUCGGCCUCCCUUUUAGCAGCUUCGACCACUCUAAAGCCCACUACUAUCGCUAUGAUGAGCAGCUGAGCCUAUGCCUGGAACGGCUGAGUUCUGGCAAAGACAAGAAUAAAAGCAUCCUGCAGAACAAAUAUGUCAGAUGUUCUGUUAGAGCUGAAGUUCGUCAUCUCCGGAGGGUCCUGUGUCACCGCUUAAUGCUAAAUCCCCAGCAUGUACAGCUCCUUUUUGACAAUGAAGUUCUCCCAGAUCACAUGACCAUGAAGCAGAUAUGGCUGUCCCGCUGGUUCGGCAAGAAAUCCUCUGAGUUUCAUCAUGAAGGAGGGCCUCUCUAUGUUCGUGGUCCCUCAGUGAAUUGCCAAAGGAGAGGGGUAGAGGACCUUACACAUAUAAAACUCAGAAGACCUGGCCUUCCCUCCACACAGAUGAAGCUUGUAGGCCGUGAGAAAAGCACAAUGUGGAAAGACUGCAGAAAGCAAGGAAGAGCCCUCAGGUGUGAUGGGCAGACAAUGAGGACCAGGGUGGGGACACUGCAGAACAAUCAGCCUGACAGAAUCUCCAUGAUUCCCAAAGCUCCCAUGUCUCCGGCCUGGCCUCACGCCUGGAACGCCUCUCCCUCACCCCAUACUCAGCUGUUCUUUCAAGGCCCACGUAUCCUUUCCUCCAGGAAACCCUCUCUCUGCCAGAACCCAGGCUUUUUCCACCCCUUCAUGCCUGCCUUUACACCGGCAUAUAUCUUGAGGUUUGGGAUUAAUUAUAUCUAAGGGCUCCCCCCAUGUCUUCUGGGACUC